GUGAACUCUGAAGGUGGCAGACGCACUUUUAAAACUUGCUCUCUUUCAUCCUGCAGCUACGUCCAAAAUGAGUACAAUAAUUGACCCGUCAACUUCUCACCGAUAUGACCUCCCGAGUACCUCCCAAGCAAGUGAUGAAUUUUCCAACAAUAAUUGUCCAGCAUGAGCAACCUAUUUCAAUACUAGACCAUGAGAGGAUUGAACAGCACUGCGAUGAUGGUGAAGGUGGCGAUUUUUUCAACAAUAAUUACACUCCAAAAUCUCCUCUGGCGGAAAAUGAGUCCUCGCAGCUCAUCGACGGUUCGGUCGCGCACUUGCAAUGCAAAUUUUGCGACAUGAAAUUCGGCCCGGAAGAUGUGCAACUUUAUUCCUCCCACGUGAAUCCUCGAUGGUGCCAGAUCUGCCUGAAUUAUUUGGACUGCCAUUCAAAAUUCUUCUACCACAAGAGAAGCGACUGCACCAAGCCGGAAAUGAAUGAAGACAACAAGAUAAAGUGCGAUUUGUGCUCGCGAUUUCUAAAUCUUGCGUCUAUUGCAACGCACAAGCGUGCUCGGAACUGCUUCAGGUGUGGUCUGGAGCUUGGCUGUGCUGGAAUUUCUGCCUUUCACAAACCAAAUUGCAAAACGAAAAAGGUGCCAAAUUACAAACCGUGCAAUUUCUGUCAUGGGAUUUACCAAUCAGAGAUGAACCACUUAAGCAGGAAGGGUCGAUUAUCGUGCCGGAAGUGCAGGAAGAUCUUCCAGUGCAGAGGUCUUUGCCGCCAACACGAGGUCCAGUGCUGCAAUUUUCUCAGUUGCAAAAUGUGUGGCAAACAUUACAUGUCGGAGAAAACACGGAGGCAACACGAUCAAGAGCGGCGAUGCAAUUUUUGUCCCCACGUUAGUCAUUGUGACAAGCAAUUUAAGCUGCACAAUUGUGAAAUUAAUAUAAAUUUGACCGAAGAAAUCAAUCCGCAAAACUUUUGUGAAGUCGAAAUUGGUGAAGGUUUGCAAAAUUUGAAGAAAGAAAAUUAUCCUGACGAGAUAAAAAUUGUCGAGAGUGCUUCGGUAAAUUGUGAGGAAUUUUUCAGCGAGCCCGCAGUGCCGAAGUUGGUGCUCAAAAAGUGUCCAUUUUGCCAAAAUCUGUACAACUCGGUCGAAAAUUUUGAACUCCACGUCAAGCAGACCUUCUGCAUUUUGUGCGGGUCUGCCCAACCGUGCAGCACCUUUUUGGCCGAGCACACGUUAAGUUGUAAAGUGGAGGAGUGCAAUUUGCAGGACAUUAUGGAUCAGCUAGGGGACGAAAAUUUCAACAAGGCGCAAAUGGAUAUUAUUGAGAAAGUGUUCAUCAAACCAGAACCGAUUGACGAUUGAAUUAUCAUUGUUUUAUUUUGAAGUUUUGUAAAAUUAAAAUGAAAAAUUUUUCCAAUU